AUGGACUUAAAGAAGGCUGAAUGUAUUUGGGACGCUUUGAACGACUUACAUAAAAAUGAUAAGAAUGCUUAUGAAAAAUUUAUGAAAAAGCACAUGAACAAAUUAAACCAGACGAAACCUAUUAAGCCUAAGUUUUGCUUUUGUGUAGUGACAGAUGUUGAGAGAGUUUCUAUCAAAACUAAGACUAAUGAAUAUAAAGAAAAAAUAUGUGAUUAUUUUAUUAAUAUAUAUUAUACUAAUAAAAUUAAAGCACCAGUUCUUCCAGACGAUUUUAUGAAGAAUAUAAAUAAUAUAAAUUUUGAAAACAUUUUUAUAAGUACAUGUAAAAUUAAAGGAGAAAGCUCAAAAGACAUGUAUGCGGAAGCAGUUAUUCAUUCCAUUAUAUAUAAAAAUAUGAAUGAUGUCCUUUUUAAAAAUAUAAUUAUAACAAGAAUUUUGGAAAUUAUAAAUAACUCUGAAAAAACGCUUAGCAAUGAUAUAAAUAUUAAUACGAAUUCUUUUAAAUUUAUAGAAUUACAAUAUAUCCCCCAAACUACUCAUUAUUUAAAUCCGCACUGUGCAGAUUAUAAUAUAAGUCAAGAAAAUCAACCAACAGUAGAUGAGACUGAUAUCAAAUUUUACAACAUACUAAAUGAAAAGCAAAGUAAAAUUAAUAAUACAACAGAGGAUGAAAAAAAAGAAAUAAAAAUAUUUGACUCAUCCAAUAAUAUUUUGAAUGAUAUGCAAUCAGUAAAAACUAUUAAACAAAGUAAAGGCAACGAAAGUCAUAAAAUUAACAUACCAAAGCAAGUAAAGUCCUAUCAUUAUUCUAUUAUUGACAGAUUUCUUCACAUUAUUUUAACCUUUAAUAACAUCUCGUACGACGAUUUGGAAAUUAUAAAAAAAGACAAUAAUAUUGAUAUUUGCGUUUCCAACAGUUCCAAUGAUUGUAUGUCUUUAAACUUCAAAGAGAGCUUAAGUGACAACGUAACGGCAUACUUCAAUGAAAAGUUGCUAAAAUUAACAAUAAGUGUAGAGUUGUUAUAUUGA